UUAGUUUUUAAUGAAAUGUUUGUUUCGGCGGGAACUAGGAUUGCCCAAAAAAGCUUCAGUUGCUUGGCCAAGGCAUCAAAUUUUUGUUCUUUGAGACUUUUAUCAAACGCAAAUACAAGGGACAUCAAUGAUAUGGAAUUCAGCUUCGCUCCUCUGACCUCGAUAUCCGAAGAUGAAAAAUCUAUUCAAGAGGCCGUAGAGAAAUUUGCUAAUGAAAGAUUGAAGCCUUUAGUGAGAAAAAUGGACGAGAACGCAAACAUGGACCAAGGACUGAUUGAUGAACUGUUUGCAAAUGGCUUUAUGGGAAUUGAAGUUCCCGUUAAUUAUGGCGGUGUAGGCUCCAGCUUUUUCUCUUCUAUUCUUGCCGUGGAAGAAGUGGCGAGAGUGGACCCUUCGGUCGCAAUUCUCGUUGAUAUUCACAACACGCUAAUAACGACAGUGAUAAUGCAACAUGGCAACGAGGAGCAGAAAAAAUACUGGCUCCCCAAGUUGGUCUCAGAUACCGUCGGAUCUUUUUGUCUGUCAGAGGCGACAUCGGGCAGUGAUGCGUUUGCAAUGAAGACUGUUGCAAAACCAGACGGAAAGGGAAAUUAUGUAAUAAACGGAACAAAAUUGUGGAUCAGUAAUUCGGAGCAGGCAGGACUGUUUGUCGUGUUCGCCAACACAGACCCCUCUAAGGGUUACAAGGGCAUCACCGCCUUCCUCGUCCCCCGCGACACUCCCGGUUUGACAAUUGGGAAGAAGGAGGACAAAAUGUGCAUCCGGGCAUCCUCCACUUGUCCUCUUCAUUUCGAAAACGUCAUGGUAUCAGGAGACCAAGUGCUGGGUGAAGUGGGUCAAGGCUAUCGCUACUGCAUUGAUAUUCUAAACGAAGGCAGAAUAGGCAUCGGGGCCCAAAUGAUAGGGUUGUGCAGAGGAGCACUGGACUGUACAGUACCCUACCUACAUGAGAGAAUACAAUUCGGACAGCCAAUUUGGAACUUCCAGGCCAUGCAGCACCAAGUGGCAGAGAUGGCGACUAAGCUGGAGGCGGCUAAACUGCUCACUUACAAUGCCGCCAGGCUGAAAGAGAGUGGCUUAGACUGUGUGAAGGAGGCGGCCAUGGCCAAGUACUACACUGCAGAAGUUGCGGGACAACUUACGAGCAAGUGCAUUGAAUGGAUGGGCGGAGUGGGCAUUACGAAGGACUACGCAAUAGAAAAGUUCUACAGGGACUCCAAAAUCGGUGCAAUAUACGAGGGCACGGCCAACAUACAACUCAACACCAUCGCUAAAUUCAUGACCAAAUGGUAGUUCACAUAUACGGAGACAAAGUCAGUCAUAUCUUUGCGGGACCUUGAACUUCUUGGAGAGAUUAAACUCAUUAACAGUGACUCUAAGAGAGUUCUACUUUGCAAUAAAUUUUAAUUAUGACGAUGCUGAUUUCAAUGUCAAGAAUGGUGGUAUUUCUUUGUUGAUUCCGUAUUCGAUUAUUUAAAUCAUGAAGCAGCGCAACCUUAUAUUAUGUUUGGAUUGCUUAAUUUGUGGAGUUUGAUCGAAAUUUGAAGUUUCCGAUCUAAUUAUGUGUACUGAUUUUUUUUGUAGAAUUUAGUUUAUUGGUAAUUUGAAUAUCUAUUUAUUGAUCAAUAUAUCGAAAGUAUAGAUGCAGCGAUGUCAUAAAACUAGCUCUAUAUCUCGAUCCUUCUUUCUUUAUUAGUGGUUAUGCAAAACUAAUAGAUCUUAGAGAAUAGUGUUUAGCUUAGCAUUGAGGGAAUAUUUGCAUUCGAUCAUUCAAAAAAGAAAUAGUUAAUUAUUUAUAGAAAGCGCGUGAAAUCAUCUGCUUCUUGAAAAAAAUUGUUUUCCCAUUUUGUUUUCAAGAUUCAGUGCAGUGCUGUAAAUAAAAUGUUUAGUUCAAUAUUGAGUUGAUAACGGUUCUUAAUAGCAGUUUUCCUGAUUGUUAUGAGGUAAGUGAAUACCUAGGAAAUAAGACAUCUGGAAAGUACAUUUUUAGACUUUGCCGUCGAUUGUUGACGUUAGUUUUUUUCCUUCAUGAUUCAAUUGCUUUCGUUGUUUUUAGUGCACGUUUAUCCUUCUUUUUUGUUCUAAAAAAAUCGAAAACCUGAUUUUUGCAUAUUUAUAUUUUUGUAUCUUUAUAUUGUCUUAUCGAAAACCCAACAAAUAUAUAUCUUGUCAUGCUUUUGAAGUUGCCUGGCUUUCUGAUCAAAAUCAAAGAAUUGAUCUCGAAAAUUGAGUUGGAAUAUGUAGAAAUGUCUUUACGCUUGCAAUCGACACGAGUUAUCAAGUCGGAAAAUAAAUUUUUUUUUGGUGUUAUUUUGUGUCAUAUAUUAAAUUUGCAUGAGUGUAGUGCGUGUAUUAAAUUUGAGAGCUAUAAUGCACAAUAUAGUCAUUUCAUUUUCAAACAACUUUACAUGCUACUAGGAUAGUUUUUGUAAAUAC